AUGAAAUUCCCAUCCACCCUCCUCACCACCCUCAUCUCCCUCUCAACCCUCCCCCAAACCCUCGCCUUCCCAACAACCACCGACCUCACCACCCUCACCCCCCGCUCCAACCCCGGCGACAGCAGAUCCAACCCCAUCAAAGGCCAAAUCGAGAUCCGAGGCUCCGAUGCCCUAACCUACGACGUAGAUUGCUGGGCCAUGCUAUGCAAGGGCAAAUCCCCAGUGAUGCAAAAAGUCGACACCGACGCGGCCGACAAAAACCGGCAAGUGGAUAGCGGCAGCGCAGCCAACAAACAACCAUUCAAGGAUCCAAGCAAGUACGGAAUUAAGGCGUUGCCGGCGACAAACGCAUGGGGGAAUAAUAAAGGGUGGGUGUCGGCGGAGGAAUUCCCGUUUGCGUCUACCAUGGAGGGGGGCAGAGAUGCGAUUCUGGUAGGGGUAACACUCGACGCUCAAAACGAGCAAAAGACAUCCUUGAGGAGCUUCUAUCAAACGAACAAGAUCAAGUCGUAUGAUGCCAAGACGAAGAAGUCGGAUGGGACUUGGUUUGAGAUUACGGGGUUUAAGGUGAAGGCGGGGAAGACGGCGAGUAUUGGGCCAUACUGCAAGGCUUUCAAUGAUAACAAGAAGAAGGGUGACCUGUGCAAAUCGACUACCAAUGUUGCUGGGGACUGGGGGUUUGAUGUGGCGCAGUAUGCUUAUGUGUAUAAUCACUCGACGAAGAAGUUUGACUAUGUGGGGAAGUAA